GGCAAAGAAAUGUACAAAGAUUUAUAACGCAUGUGCACAGCUUUGUAUUGUUUUGCUCGUUAAACCUUUUGUUUGGUGACGUUCUCGUUACCGUCGUCGUCGUGGUUUGUUUAAGCUCCCUAUUAAUAUAGAAAGGAAAGCUUGCCUUGCCAACGGCGUUUGACAAGUUCUCACAUUCACCGUAUUUACGAGAUAAAGCACCGCCCCCGAUUAAACGCCGCAUCGCAUGAGAGUAGAAAUAUUAAAAAGCGCCGCAUUCUUUCACAACAAUGCGGCGCUUAAUGAAAGCAUCAUCAGACUGACUUGUUUGAGGAGUCAAUCACAAACAAGUGCGGUACAAUUCAAUAUAAACCAGCCUCGGAAAUGCAUUCUCUUGUGGCAGGAGUACAAUGCAUAUUUUCAGUGAGUGGUGUCUGUUUCGCACCCACAUAGUUCGCACCCCUGAACUCAUUAUAAACUGUUUAUUUAGAGUUCGCCUUCACCAUGAGUGGAUUAAAGAACGAGAAAUAAACAUGUUUUGUUUGAUUUUGUUUUAUUAUGCUCACAAUGUUGUAUUUUUUGCUCGGUAAGAGAAAGAUAAUUUGAAGAACUUGAUUGCUAGUUGGGUGGGUGUCGUGCCUAACCCUCGUUCCCAGGCUCCUCUCCCCACUCUUCCAUCCUCCUUCAAGAAAAACGAAAGUACCCUGGGACCUGGCUGAAGUCCACAUAUAUGGCGCUCGCGGCUGGUUCUGGGUAACAACAACAAAUGGCUGACAGAAGGAAUUUUGUAGGUGCGAGAUUACGGGUUACAACAAGCGAAGGGGAAUACGAGGGAACGGUCCACAGCAUAGAUGCAGAAAAGAGAAAGCUUACGUUGACUAAAGUGAUCUCUUGCAGUACUGGUAGAAAGCUUCAUGGUUUUCAUCACUUUUUUGGUCAUGAGCUGAAUACCUUGGAAUUACUGGAAGAGGCCAAUAACAAUAUUUCACAAGAUGAACAGACAGAAAACAAAAAUAUUAAUCAUGAUACUAAAGAAGAUGAAAGAAUACACAAGGAAAGUCCUGACACUUCGCAGCCUAAUCACUCAGUGCCAAGGUCAUCCAAACCAGAUACAGGAUAUGGAGGAAGAGGGAUAGCCAAGGCAUUUAAAGAUGCUGGAAUAGGGAUAAAUUCAAAGUUGGGUGUCAAGAAGACAGCUGUUUCCAGUGGAUCUCUUUCAAGAGAUGUGAGUGACGAUGGUGACAGUCUGCUGAAGAGGCAACCUAUCAUAGCAGAGAAAUAUCUUUCUGAUGUGCAUUCAGAUGAUGAUGAAAAGGAAAAUAUUAGUCCAGAUGAUCUACCUGCCAUUGUACCCAUCGAUACUUUUGGAGAGUCAUUUGAGGAAGCAGUGAAAUUCAUCAGCAGACAGAGAGUUAUAGGCGUUUGCUGUGAGGGUGUUAACCUUGGUAGACUUGGGAAACUUUGUUGGCUAGUAAUUGGUUGUAGUAAGGUUAUUUACUUGUUCGAUGUUCUCACUCUUGGAGCUCCUUGUUUUGAUGAAGGAUUACAAGACAUUCUUGAGAGUGGUGAUAUAUUGAAGAUAUUCCAUGACUGCAGACAAGCCAGCGAUGCCUUGUAUCAUCAGUAUCACAUCCGACUUAUGAACGUGUUUGAUACUCAGGUAGCAGAUGUUAUUAUUUACAAGAAUGAAACUGGAGGAGAGUUGCCCAGAUAUGUCAAUGGUUUAGUAGCUUGCUUGUAUGAAUACCUGAAUUUGUCACCAGAGAAUGUUAAUUUCCAGAAAGUGCGUCAGAAAUAUAUGCAGAGAGGUGCAUCUAUCUGGGCUGAAAGACCUACACCAGCUGCUCUUGUUGACGCUGCAGCUAAGCAUGUGAUGUACCUUCGUGAACUGCGUCUUGCUCAGAUGGAGCGUCUUAUGGUUGAAUUUCUCCAUGGAGUUGAUAUUUACUUGAGUCUCAACAGAGAUUCCAACGAAACGAAUCCCAAGGUGAAAGGCCAGCUGCUUCCUGCAAAGUUCCGAGAGUUAAACCGGUUUAAUUACCGGCAGCGCUCAAGGAGGUACGACGGAGACUUUCACGAAGAUGCAAGGGAAGUUGUACCAGAGGACGUGCUUGCCAGUCGGAAGGCCUGGCACGAGGGAGAUCAAUUCGCGCAAGAGUAUGAGAAUAAAAAAGGGCGUGUGAAAGAAAGACAGUUUGAGCCUCCUGAUCCAGUCCCCGCGCCACUUAACCCAGGCUUCACUCUGCCGAACCCAGUCCCCACCCCGGUGGACAGGCUACGGGAAUCAGUGCGCGAGAGCAUGAGUGAUUCAGAAGCAAGCACUGCAAGUAUGGAAGGCCUUAGAUUCAAUAAGAAACCAAUAGCAAAAGGAAAAGCGACUGCAGUUCCCACUGUCAAGUCAACUCCUGGUUCAAUUCCAUCUCACGAGCAGCCUGUCUUCACAGAGAAGGACUUCCCGCCGUUGAGUAGUUCCGAGUCGGAGGGGCCGGGGACGCCUCCACGACAAACAUCAAUGAAAAACGCAAGGAAACAGCAUUCUGCGAAUUUACAAGCCGAGGGAGGACUGGAGAGAAACGGAAUUCACUUAGAUCGCGGUAUGGAGCCUGGGCUCCGGUCUAACUCGCCGGAGGCGCAACUCCUCUCACUACAACGCGCCAAUGCGCUUUUGAGAGAAUCCGCUUCUCUGCCUGGCCGUGGGCGCGCCGGUGCUCUGUUACGUCACGCAGCUCUCCCGGCGCUUCGGAUGCCAGCUGAGGAUAACUCGCCGGGCUAUCAUCGUUAUGAGCCAAGCGGUGCCCAGCGUUCUGACAGUAGACGCGAUGAAUUCCAUUUCCCAGCCGAUGAAGAUCUCUUAGCUGCCCCGGAGAUUAUUCCAGUUCCUAACCAUCACAUUGUUGGAGGAACCCAAGUAAGGAUCAGGCAGGCGUGACGCAAGGGAUGGAAGUUUCGCAAGAGCCCUUUCGUUGUAGCCUUAGCAGGUUCCUAGGAGGUCAAAGUCGUCUGUCGUAUUAAAUUUGUUGUGUUACUUUUGAUUUCAAAUUGUGGAUGAUAUUAUCGUGUCUUUGUCCAUGCCAUCAUUGUCAGACAUCAAUUGAGGAUAAUACUACUCUAACUCUUCUUCGCUCAUGUGUACUUCGCUUGACAUGAGCUUAUUGACAUGAACAUAUUGCUUUUGCAAGGCCCAUGUGAUUAGUAUCUGUUGAUUUUGCUUCAAAUGGGAACCUUUUAUGCGAGGCAACCUCGCGUGCGUAGAAUUUAGUGUCGAAGGAUUGCGCAUUCACUGAGCGCUUUGUGCGAAAGAAAACGACGUUUGGAAAUUCAGGAAUGUGUGAAAACAGGCGUGCCACAACGUUUCAGAUUUUCCUAUUCCACUUAAUUUCUUAAGGGGACAAAGACUUAUCGACAAGCCACGCCCCUAAGACUACAACAGAAGGACCUGAACAAUGACUCUUUCGCAUGGUAGAGUCAUGGUGUGUUUUGAUUAUGUUUCCUCAAAAAUUCACUCAACCCAGCUUUCAAAGCAUACACUAGAGACAAAGAGAAGGAAGGCGUUUCGGUUGAUCUGUGGCGAGAUCUAAGAAGACCGAAACAUGGCGAAGAUAGUGACGAUUUACAUGAACCUCUGUUUAAUAAGAAACCGCCAGAAAGCGAUGAAAAAUAAGAGAGAGUUACUGCGUUUGGGAGACGCGUGUUCGCAUGUGGCAUGGCGGCUAGUUUCUAGUUGUACCACAGGCAACCCAGUCUCGCUCUGUAUUCAGAAAGAGUCCUGUGGUCAACCGUUCCGAGCGAGGCUUGAUCAUAAGCUGCUUUGUGGAAAAUCUCAGUCUUAUUUUUCAGCCCUUCUUGGUGGUUAGAUAGUGGUCGUGUGACGUUUAUGUUAUUCUGUAAAUAAAUUAUCGGUGUGUUAAAUGAUAGUUACAAGCCUGGUGGAGGCGAUGGAUCAACCAACCUCGUUUCCAGGGUCUCUCUCUCCUCGCGCCUCUAUGGGUGCAAAGAGAGACCUUGGGAACGAGUUUUGAAUCAAGCUCCAUUUACGGCAGUUCUCCGCAUAAGCGCUCGUAUUGCUUCCGAUUCUGACUGACCAAUCGGGAAAUAGCUCGGGUGCUUCCGACUACUCCCGAAGUGUCCACGUCAGCACGGUCCCACGAGGAUACGUCUUGGUGGUGUUCCACAUCGCGGGCGCAGUCCAUUCUUAGAGGUGCCAACUUUGCUCCAGGUCGCCAGACAGGCUUAGUUAAGUCAAAGGGUGUAGAGGAAAUAGAAGCUAAAAUAAAUUAGAUAAUUAAAUGCUAACCAGAUAACUAAUCAAUGCAUGUCUAUAGAGCGGUUUUCAAUUGAGUUUCCAAAGUAAUCAGGCAAUUACUUUGGUUUUGGUUUUGGUUUUACUACAGUUCAAGAUUGGCCGAGUGGUCUAGUUUAUAGGCAAUUGGUUUGGUUUUGGUUUUACGACACUCAAUUGAAAACCACUCUAAACAUGGAUGAGUGUUAUAACUCAAAUGGUAGAAUCGGUGGAAAAACGUUACUGGUUUUUUUUUUUUGAGUGGUUUAGUAUUAACGGUGUUUAUGAAAGUGACACAAACUAACACAUUUGCUUGGGCAUAACAGCAGUAGAGAGGUAGGUAAGAUAUGACAAAUCCCACUGUUUUAAACGGAGUAUUGCGCAUGAGAUUAUUAAUUUUUCUUGAAUAAAAAUGUUUUUCACUGCUUA